AUGUUUGGAACUCGUGCUCCCAAGUUCACUCAGAAAGAUGUCGUCGGUCUCGCGGGUAAAGUGUAUUUGGUUACCGGAAGCACGUCCGGGAUCGGUUUGGAACUCUGUAAGGUUCUAUACUCAAAACAUGCGACUGUCUUUCUCGCUGGUCGCAAUCAUCAGAAUGGUGAAAAAGCCAUCUCUGAGAUACAGUCAGCUUCUCUGAACUCAAAGGGCACACUAAAGUUCAUCUAUGUGGAUCUUUCGGAUCUAUCAACGAUAAGACCUGCCGCCGAAGAAAUUCUCGCGCAGGCAGAGCGAUUAGACGUUGUCUGGCACAAUGCCGGCGUUGCUAAAACCAUAGCAGACCAAACAAAGCAGGGUCUGGAGUUAAAUCUAUGUGUCAACACAAUCGCACCAUGGUUAUUGCAGUCAUUCCUGACUCCAUUAAUGUCAAAGACUUCUGAGAUGCCUUCUACCCAAAAGGAUACUGUGCGUGUAAUCUGGGUUGGUUCAUCGGGGCAUAGUAACUCACCUCGCAAUGGUGGAAUUCUGUGGGAGGAUAUUAACUUCCAGCACGGUUGGCAUGGGAAUAAAUUCGAAGCUCUGCUACGACAAGAGGGUACAUUCUGGAAAUAUGGGCAAAGCAAAACAGCCAAUAUUGCCAUGGGUCUCGAGGCAGCGAAGCGGUGGGCUGGGAAGGGUGUCCUUAGUCUGACUGCUGACCCAGGCUGGAUAACUGAUACCAAUAUACAGCAGGGUCACCCUAAAUGGGUAAUAUAUUGCACUCGGUUAUUCAUGCAUCCUAUUGAGUGGGGCUCGAUAAAUUACCUCUUUGCUGGAAUUUCUCCUGAGAUUAGUGAGGAGAGGUAUAAUGGCAAAUAUAUAAUUCCUUGGUGCCGGAUAGGAACAUCCCCACGAGAUGACAUAAACAGAAUGCUACCAGAGAACGGGGAGAUGUUGUGGGAGUACUGCGAAGAAGUGUGUAAGGAUUAUAUGCGAUGA